GUCUCAAUGUGGGCAGAGGCAAGACUAGACAACACCGACGCCUAAGAGCGCCGGCGGCCCAGAGGGCCAGAAAGAUGGCGGUCCUAGCACCUUUAAUUGCUCUGGUGUAUUCGGUGCCGCGACUUUCGCGAUGGCUGGCCCGACCUUACUACCUUCUGUCAGCCCUGCUCUCUGCUGCCUUCCUACUUGUGAGGAAGCUGCCCCCUCUCUGCCACAGUCUCCCCACGCAGCGUGAAGACGGCAACCCGUGUGACUUUGAUUGGUUUGCACGUCUGCUGGUUUUUAUUGCAUUGGCUCCCUUACCUACCCAAAUCAUCUCUCUUCACGUCAUUCCUGUCAUUUUGACUCUGUUCCAGAGAGAGGUUGAGAUCCUGAUGUUUCUCAGUGCCAUUGUGAUGAUGAAAAACCGCAGAUCCAUCACUGUGGAGCAACAUAUUGGCAACAUCUUCAUGUUCAGUAAAGUUGCCAAUGCCAUUCUUUUUUUCCGCCUGGAUAUUCGCAUGGGCCUGCUUUAUAUCACACUCUGCAUAGUGUUCCUGAUGACAUGCAAACCACCCCUGUAUAUGGGCCCUGAGUACAUCAAGUACUUCAGUGAUAAAACCAUUGAUGAAGAGCUGGAGCGGGACAAGAGGGUCACUUGGAUUGUGGAGUUCUUUGCCAAUUGGUCUAAUGACUGCCAGUCGUUUGCUCCUAUCUAUGCUGACCUCUCCCUCAAGUACAACUGUACAGGGCUAAAUUUUGGGAAGGUGGACGUUGGACGUUACACUGAUGUUAGUACACGGUACAGAGUGAGCAUAUCGCCUCUCACCAAGCAGCUACCUACGCUGAUUCUGUUCCAAGGUGGAAAGGAGGUCAUGCGGCGGCCACAAAUUGACAAGAAAGGACGAGCUGUCUCUUGGACCUUCUCUGAGGAGAAUGUGAUUCGAGAGUUCAACUUGAAUGAGCUGUAUCAACGGGCCAAGAAGCUAUCAAAGGCUGGCGAAAAUAUCCCAGAGGAGCACCCUGUGGCCCCAACCCCCACCAGCGUGCCAGAUGGGGAAAGCAAGAAGGACAAAUAAGAUCCUGGCCUCCUCAGUACUUUGCUCUCCUGUCAAUCCCAGGCACCUUUGAGGCCCUGCCCGUUUUGUAACCACCAGCCUUGCCUGAGGCUUUGGCCUUUUAUUUAUGUUUUCCCUGUUUGGGCUGUACCUGGGUGGGGCAGGGUGCUGCUUCCGGUUUUAAAGAGGCUUCUAGGCCGUCUACAGCGACCCACCAGGAAGGCCUUCUCUGCUGUGUCUAUCUCUUGACCGAAGGAAGGGAGAGAUCUCACAUAAUUGAGGAGGAAAUUCUUUCCUUCCAAGCUUGGAUCAGUGUGUCAGCUGCCAUCCACCACUCACCUGUCCACCACGCUGUGGUUUCAUUAUGCCUGUCAGUGGAUCUAUACAGCCUAAUUAAACCCAAACAUAACAUGCCUGGGGUAUUGAGUCAGUGCUAAGAUUUUUCCAUUAAGGACCUUUGCUUCUUUAGGCACUUCUGACUUGGUCUGUGGCCUUCAUUAAAAAGUUUAAGCCUACCUUUGUGAUUGGUCCUAAGGAGAAACAUUUAACCACAGUUCUCAUUGAAGACUGGAACAAUCCCAUUUUAUGGAGAUUGGGAGAAAGGGGGAUAGAGAUUUACAACAUUCCUUUGGAGGAGAAAGCUCUGGGCGGAAUUGGGGUUUCACUCACCGUCCUACUUUCCCUGUACCCAGUUGAUGGUUUUCCACAAUAAAGAGACUGGAAUUUCCUUUGAUUACA